GGUCUUGGAUAUGAUCUGUGCUUUGGGGUUUCCCUUACCGGGCACCGACGACGUCCUGACCCCUGGUACUGCUGGAUGCAGGAUGUUUGCACCUGAGACAGCAGUAAUGGCGAUGUAGGGCCUAUUUUCUCUCAGGAGCUUUGUGUAAUGAAGGAAACUGAGGCACAGAGGGUUUCUGGAUGGUGACUGAAGUGUUGACACAGCCCAGUCUCCAUACUUGCCCUAUGCGCUCUUCAAGGUUCCCGAGGAGUACGCAUGUGAUGCUGUUAAAAUAAAAACAAAAACUAACGCCGCUUUUCCUCAGGGAUAUUCUUUUUUUGCCUUUCUCCUCACCUCAAAGGGCCAUGGAUUUGUUCUGCAGCACAGAGGGUGACCUUUUGAUCUAAGAAAGGCCUUUAUCCAUUGUGUUACAAUGUUUUUCAGCUUUUCAUUUCCACGCUUAGAGUAACCAAGAUUCUUACAUCUUAUACAUCUUUGCACCACCGUAGUAAUUCUGAAGAGUCUCUGCUUUCCUUAGUCAUUGGUUAUCAAACUCUUCCCACAUGUGGGGAACACAUUGACAGGAUAAAAGGUACUUGGAUUGCCCAGUAUAGUAUUGCUUGUCCUCUCACACACAAACACCUGCAAAAAAACUUGGCUGAAAUUAAUGGGAAAUGCUUUUAAUGUAACAGCCAUAAAGUGAUUUAAAAACAUGAGCUGUUACUGAUACUAGGCCAACCAAUGGAUCUUUUCAUUUUAUAAACAAAACUAGACAAGGUAGAUAUGUGGACCAUUUGGAAGAUUUUCACAGACUGUGGUCUUUUAUUUUAAAUGCUUGUAUUUCUGCCAAAAGUGAAAAAAGCUUUGCACAGAGUUCUAGAUCUUUACAUAAAUAUUGUGACUCCUGAGGAUUAAUGUCUACUGGGAUCUAUUGCAAUGGCUUCUUUAACACCUACUACAGAAUACUUAAGUAUUUUCUCUUGGAGCCUAAGAGGUUUUUUUUGUUACUGUUUUGUUUUUUGGUGUUUCUUUCCUGGGAUGAUGCUGUUGUAUGGACAUACUGAGGGGGAAAGAUACAUUUAUUUUAAUAUUUUGAAACUUGUAGUCUGUAAUUUUGUUUCUGGAUGUACAGAGCGUGAUGGCGGCAUCUGAGGGAGCUGGUGGUGUGGGCAGUGCCCCCAGUCCUCCGGAAUCUUCUAGUUUAUGUGCUUCCAAAUCAGAGGAAGGUCUUCCAGAUGGUCUAAGCCCCAAAGACCCUGCACAGAAGCCCAAGAACUUGCCUCUGUCAAGUGUAAGUAGCCAAGCGGUAACCAAGGAGAAUAACAGAAAUGUCCAUUUGGAACAGCCAGAGCAGAAUCCUGGAUCAUCAGCAGGUGACACUUCAGCAGUGCACCGGGUGAUUUUAGGAGAAAACGUGGUAGCCACAGCCCUUUGUCUUCCUGGCAAUGGGUCUCAGUCUGAUUUGAAGGACUUGGCCAGCACAGCAGAAGAGGAGGGGGACACGUGCCUCCAGGAGAGCCUCCCUCCAGCCACUCAGUCUCUUAAGACAGGGUGCCAUACAAAGGAGCUUGCCUCCACGAGUUCUUCUGAAGAGAAAUCCCCACAAGCCUCCAACCUAAAGGAAGGUAUCAGGGACACAGGCUUGGAUUUCCAACCUGUAGUGCCUCCAUCAAAUGGGGUUGAAGGAGUCAGAGAGGAUCUGGAUGAUGAUCAGGAUAGCUCUUCCCUGAAGCUUUCUCAAAACAUUGCUGUACAGACUGACUUUAAGACAGAUCAGUUAGAGAUAAACACAGAUCACGAUAUUGAAAGGAAUCUGGAUAAAAUGAUGUCAGAGAGGACCCUGUUGAAGGAGCGUUACCAGGAGGUCCUAGACAAGCAGAGACAAGUGGAGAAUCAGCUCCAAGUGCAAUUAAAGCAGCUUCAGCGAAGGAGAGAAGAAGAAAUGAAGAAUCACCAGGAGAUACUAAAGGCUAUCCAGGAUGUCACAAUAAAGCGGGAAGAAACAAAGAAGAAGAUAGAGAAGGAAAAGAAGGAAUUUUUGCAGAAGGAGCAGGAUCUGAAAGCUGAAAUUGAGAAGCUUUGUGAGAAGGGCAGAAGGGAGGUGUGGGAGAUGGAACUGGAUAGACUCAAGAAUCAGGAUGGUGAAAUAAAUCGGAACAUUAUGGAAGAGACAGAACGGGCCUGGAAGGCAGAGAUCUUGUCACUAGAGAGCCGGAAAGAGUUGUUGGUAUUGAAACUAGAAGAAGCAGAAAAAGAGGCAGAACUGCACCUUACUUACCUCAAGUCAACUCCCCCAACACUGGAUACUAUUCGUUCCAAACAGGAGUGGGAGACAAGACUGAAUGGAGUUCGGAUAAUGAAAAAGAAUGUUCGGGACCAAUUUAAUAGUCAUAUCCAGUUGGUGAGGAACGGAGCCAAGCUGAGCAGCCUUCCUCAAAUCCCUACUCCCACCUUGCCUCCACCCCCUUCCGAGACAGACUUCAUGCUUCAGAUGUUUCAACCCAAUCCCUCUCUGCCCCCUCGGAUGCCCUUCUCCAUCGGGCAGGUCACAAUGCCCAUGGUUAUGCCCAGUGCAGAUCCCCGUUCCUUAUCUUUCCCAAUCCUGACCCCUGCCCUUUCCCAGCCCAACCAACCUUCCCCACCCCUUCCCGGCUCCCAUGGGAGAAAUAGCCCUGGCUUAGGUUCUCUUGUUGGCCCCCAUGGUCCACACAUGCCCCCUGCUGCCUCCAUCCCGCCUCCCCCAGGCUUGGGUGGUGUUAAGGCUUCUACUGAAUCUCCCCGGCCCCAGCCAGUAGACAAACUGGAGAAGAUCCUGGACAAGCUGCUGGCUCGGUUCCCACAGUGCAAUAAGGCCCAGAUGACCAACAUUCUUCAGCAGAUCAAGACAGCACGCACCACCAUGGCAGGCCUGACCAUGGAGGAGCUGGUCCAGUUGGUGGCUGCACGACUGGCAGAACAUGAGCGGGUGGCAGCAAGUACUCAGCCACUUGGUCGGAUCCGAGCCCUGUUCCCUGCUCCACUGGCCCAAAUCAGUACCCCAGUGUUUUUGCCUUCUGCCCAAGUUUCUUAUCCUGGAAGGUCUUCACAUGCUCCAGCCACCUGUAAGCUGUGUCUAAUGUGCCAGAAACUUGUCCAGCCUAGUGAGCUGCAUCCAAUGGCAUGUACCCAUGUGUUGCACAAGGAGUGUAUCAAAUUCUGGGCCCAGACCAACACAAAUGACACUUGUCCCUUUUGUCCAACUCUUAAAUGAUGGACCUGACUGGGGAGGAAGAAGAGGAGAAACUGAUGUGAACAGGAAGGAGCGGGUUCAAGAUUUCUUAAACUCUAUAUUUAUACAGUGACAUAUACUCAUGCCAUGUACAUUUUUAUUAUAUAGGUAACGUGUGUAUAGAAAAUCUGUAUUCAAAUGUUCGUAAAUGAAAGUAUGUAUAUAGUGCAGAAGCGGUCUGUUCCCCCUCAUGUUGCAGUUCCUAUUGGGGAUGCAGAUUAUAGGGAAAUGGUAUUUAGUUUGGCCUUGAAAUUAUGAUAUCCCUGCUAGGGCUGUUUUCAAAUACAAUAUAAAAACCAUCUAGGACGCUGCUGUUGCUCUAAGGCCAUCCUGCUUUGAUUUGGCUCAGCCUCUGGUCCAUUUUCUUAAGGCUCUUGUAUGCAGGUUUGAACCCUGGUGCUUACCCACUGUCUAAGCAGAUGCCUUGCUUACCGAAAGCCUCAGGGUUGUUCUAGCCACUCUACUCCAAAAGGAUAAAAUGAGACUGAUUGAGGAAAAAAAA